AUGAACCCCCAGCUACGUUCCAUCAAGGAAAUAGAGCCGAUGACUAGGUACGAGCCGGGUGGUUAUCAUCCGCUCAAGGUGAACGACGUGUUACAGGGCCGUUACCUUAUUAUAGAUAAGUUGGGACAUGGGAACCUUUCCACUGUAUGGCUAGCGAAGGAUCUAAAGGCAAAAGAACACUGUUAUUACGCUAUCAAGGUGAACAUGGCCAAAAAUUCAUCUACCCCUGUAUUGGCAGAGGGCAAAGUUUUGCGUGAGCUGCGCAGAUCAUGGUUCCCUCUCUUUGUCCCAGGACGGGAAUUGAUACCCCGGGUUUUUGACGAGUUCAAACUUGAAGGCCCUAAUGGGACCCACGCAUGCUUGGUCACAAGCCCAUCGUGUGUUAAUCUCCGUGAGCUAUCAGACAAUCAUCUCUUCCCGAUGCAGGUUGCCCGAGCAUUCGCUGCCAAAAUCGCAACCGCAGUCCGCUUUGUGCACUCACGGAGGAUUAUUCAUGGAGACAUUCAUCUAGCCAACAUAUUGCUGCCAUUCAGAGAGGGUUACAACUCGCUUUCCUUAGCCGAAUACAGGGCAUCACACGGGUAUACCCAAUUUUAUUCCCUCAACCACAACCCUAAUGAGUCCGUGCCCGUGCAAUACCCGACAGAAGCUACAGUGCCUUUGUGUUGUCGCAAAAGGCCGGAGAACCUUACCGUAGAGGAUGCCCAUAGGCUUCUGCUGUGCGAUUUUGGUGACGCAUUUAAGCCCCGUUCGGACGUGCGCUUGGGGCGAGAAUGUCGUACCCCGGCCACAAAGAGAGCCCCUGAAGCCUUCUUUUCGCCCGAUUUGCUCAUGCGGUAUGCCUCAGACAUCUGGGGCUUGGGUCUUGUCUUCUGGGAGUUGGUUGCCAAGGAGCCAUUAUUCGUCACUGCCUGCUCUGGAAAUGAGAUUGUGGCACAACAACUUGAUGUCCUCGGCAAUCACUUCUUCCCUUCCCACUGGGCGAGAGUCUGGUGCCGGGCAGGUUCCGAUGUCGGUCUCCCAAGACCGCGUCCGAUUCGACGACCAAUCGGGCCCAGGGUUACUCGACUGCCUCUCGAGGUUACCUGGGAGGCCCUUGUGGAGGAGAGGAAGGAAAAUCAGGGAGAGUUGGGGGCUUUUCGUUUUGAAGAAAGGCAGGCGUUUCUUGAGUUGAUCAGAGGGAUGCUCAGGUUCAACCCCAAAGAGCGAUAUACCUUAGACCAGGUGAUGCAUUCCGAGUGGAUGGUAAGGUGGGCAUUACCUGCGCUCGCUCAAACUCAGUAG